AUGUCCUUCGCGUUUCCCCGGGGGCCCCUACUCGGUGGGAAGACUUCAAAUCGCAAACUGGCGCCCGUCAAUGGUAUUUUAUACGUCCGUCUUCACCUCCUUCCCGACGCCACCUUCUCACUCGAUUCCGAAUCUCUCUUCGCCUGUAUCGGGUGAGGGAGGGAGGAAGCGAAGAGCGCGUGCAAGGUGGAAAGGCGGCGCCUUUGACGCUUUCCAGGAUUCGCUCUGUGGUUGGAGGAAUCGAAGCUUCGAAUGGCGCAACGGCAAGUUCAUGUACCUGUAUUCAGCAACCAGGAUGAUGCUUCAGAGGAUGUCCUUUACACACGACGUUCCCGACUAGCUGUAAAGAAUAGAGUUCCGAAAGUUUCUGCAAAAAACUCAGAAGCUUAUGCUCAUGAUGGACAAGCACCAGUUAAGGUAAGUCUCAACAUUGAGGCCUCUAAACCUUCAGAGGUCCCCGGUUUUCAGGAAAUGAAACCAGCAAGGAAAAAUGAUGGUAUUCGUCAAAUUGCCACACCUCCUGUCCAUAAUCAGGAUGCGGCACAUAGACACACCAAAGAUGCAGCUAAUCCGCAACAUGAGAAUGAAACAAAACUUGCCGUAAAAGAUGUAAAUACUUCUUCACAGGAAAAAGGGUUUUCAUCGGAUGGCACGACAAGAAAAAUUAGAAAGAAGCGUCGAAAACAAGGCUAUGGAAAUUAUCCCGAGGGGGAUGUUAUAGUGCCACCAUUUGAGGAUUGGGAGAUGAAUCCAGAAUCUGCCGAGAAGUAUACUGAUGUUUUCCAAGUCAUAGGUGAUAGUCGGAAGUCUCCUGGUACUCCCAUAAAAUUGUCUAUCGAGUCAGACACACACAAGAAAGAUCCCAACGAAUGCAAGGGGUGUAGGUGCCUGAGCUGGAUUUUCAAGUGCAAGUCUUGCUGGUGAAGAACUUGUGGAGGGCACACAUGUAAAUAUCAACAAAUAAAGCAAUUAAAUAGAGGGAUGUUUCCGGUGUAGAUACUUUUCUCUCUUGUUUUUUUCUUCUCUUUUGAGUGUCCAUGCAUUUUGCUACCUUUGUAAGUUAUUUACAUGCAAUCGAACAGACUCUGUUUCUUAUCUGCUCUUGCUAGGAGCCUUAAGUGCCUAUGAAGAAGCAAAAAGAACUAUUUUGGUUCGA